UGCUGCUAAUAAGUUCAGGCCAGUUUCAUAAGGGCCUGUCCUCGUCUUCUACAAUAAGUUUGCCCAGUCCUUCUAGCUGUUUUGAUCCCGCGUAAGCAAACGCCGGUAUAUUUGAGUACCUACGACCUUGCUGUAUAAUACGCGCAUUUUGCCUAGAUAAUGGCGAACUUCAGCUCUAGUGGCUUAAAUUUCUUCAUAUUCGUUAUAGUAUUCACGAUUAUUUGUGGUAUAUUUAUCUUGCUCCGUGUAUGGGCUGCGCGUUUGUCGCACCGUUCCCUCUAUCUCGAUGAUGCGUUCAUCCUUUUCGCCUAUGCAAAUUGCAUAGCGCUCGGUGGUGUUGGCCUUUGGGCCGCAGUUAACGGACUCGGCAAAUCAGGAGCGGAGCUAUCUCCUGAAGAAGUCGUUAUCAACGCAAAGCUCAUCCUCACAUCAGAUUUGUGUUGGCUACUUGCGAGCGUGUUCGUUAAGAUGUCCAUUCUUUGGCUCUACAAACGUAUCUUCGCAAUUAGACAGUUCGAACGCUGGUGCUGGGUUCUCAUAGUAAUCAACGGCUGUUACGGUAUAUCCUUCAUCACAGUAUACCUCACCAACUGUACACCAGUGGACCAACUUUGGAACCCGAGUCCGGACGGCCACUGUCGCGAUAUGCAAAUCAGCGAUUUUUCUACCGUCGCCGUCAAUUUGUUACUCGAUCUAGCGAUAAUUUUACUUCCCAUGCCUACGCUCUGGGGCUUGAAACUCCCUCUGCGUAAAAAGGUUGUAGUGACGAUUAUGUUCAGCUUUGGUCUUGCCACGAUUGCAAUCAUGAUAUGGAGGAUCACGGAAACUGUUCAAACCAGAGCCGACCCUGAUUUUACCUUACACCUCGGCUUGAUCGGUCUAAUCAGCUUUUUCGAGUUAUGGAUUGGUAUCAUUGUUGCCUGUAUUCCCACGCUGGCUCCUCUCUUCCGAGUCUACGGCCAGGUGUUCGCCAAUAAGCUCAAGCCAGCAUCCGGCUCACAUGGUUCCUCUGGCUCCGCAUCAUAUGCCCUGACAAAUCUACGCCAAAAUGGCUUUAGUGGUAAGAAAGUUAACUACGAUAGAAUCGACGAAAGUCAAGAUUGUGCACGUGGGGGUCCGACCCCAAGAGUCCCAAGGGCUCCAUGGGAUGGAAAUGGCUUUGAAACGAAAAUUGUUAGCACUUCCCACUAUCAUCCCAAACAAGGACCGAUAUAAGGUAACAUUGUAGGUGGUGUUUGGAGUGAGGUUAAUGUAUGAUACAAGUCUUUUUAUGUGAUAUUUUUCUUAUACUUUUUCACGCCACAUAUAGGCCUGGCCUCUCAUUGGCUAGCCACACCUCAGCGCACGUCCGAUGGACUUUUGGUAGAAUCAAUUUACCUGCUAUACUAUUAUACAAAA